AUGGAUUAUCUCUCACCUCUAUUAGUUCUAAUUUCCAUUGCCUGUAUUCUCACCAUCUACCGACAUUCCAGGGCCCGAAAGCCCACAAACCUUCCGCCGGGCCCGUUUCCCCUUCCCAUAAUCGGCAACAUCCUUCUCCUCGGCCCCAAACCCCACCAAUCACUCGCCAAGCUCUCCCGAGUCUACGGGCCCUUGAUGUCCCUCAAGCUCGGAACACUAACAACGGUCGUCAUAUCCUCGCCGGAGGCUGCCCGAUCCGUGCUCCAGACACACGACCUCCCGUUUUCCAGCCGGAAAAUCACGAUUGCUGCCGGAAGUCGAGACCAUGACCGGUUCUCCAUGGUGUUUCUACCCGUGGACGGCCCCUGGCGCAAGCUCCGGAGGAUAUGCCGGGAGCAUAUGUUCUCGGGCCCCAGCCUCGAAUCGGGCCGAGCCUUAAGGAGGGAGAAGCUGGGCCAGCUACGCGAGUAUGUUAAGUCGUGUCGUGAUUCGGACCGGGCCGUGGAUGUGGGGGAUGCCACGUUCACGAUGACCCUGAACCUGCUGUCGACGACCCUUUUCUCAGAGGAGUUUGCCGGGUUCGGGUCGGGCUCGUCUCGGGAGGUCAGGGAUGUUGUAUGGGGAGUGUUGAGAUGUCUCGGGAGGCCGAAUAUGGCGGAUUUCUUCCCGGUUCUGAAACGGGUCGACCUGCAGGGGAUCCGGAGGGACGCGGAGUACUUCACCGGGCGGCUGUUAGAGAUUUUCGGUGAAAUUGUUGAUGAGAGGUUGAAGUGCAGAGGCGAAAAGGAUGAUGUGCUGGAGGCGCUCAUCAAUCUUAAUCUCAAGGGUGCAUUGAGCAGGGAUGAUAUCAAGCAUCUCUUAGUGGACUUAUUCGUAGCUGGCACGGACACCUCAUCGAACACGGUUGAAUGGGCAAUGGCGGAGCUCUUGCGUAAUCCUUCAAAAUUAUCCACACUCAGAGACGAAAUCAGUGACUUCAUCAAUGGAGUCGACAACGACGAACGAUUGGUCGGAGAAUCAGACAUCGCUCGACUCCCGUACUUGCAAGCCGUAAUCAAGGAGACUCUCAGGCUCCAUCCGCCCGGCCCUUUCUUGGUACCCCGGAAGGCCGAUGUGGAUGUGGAGGUAAAUGACUAUAUUGUCCCUAAGGAUGCUCAGAUCCUGGUCAACGUAUGGGCCUCCGGCCGGGACCCCAACGUGUGGCCCAAUGCGGAUGUCUUCAUGCCCGAGCGGUUUUUGGGCCGUGAGGUGGACUACAGAGGGAAGGAUUUCGAGCUGAUACCGUUUGGGGCCGGGAGGAGGAUAUGUCCCGGUUUGCCCCUCGCGCAUAGGAUGGUUCACCUCAUGCUUGCCACGAUGGUCGGGGGUUUCGAGUGGCGGAUUGAAGGAGGGGCAAAAUCGGAAGAUUUGGACAUGGAGGAGAAGUUUGGGAUCACGGUGAAGAAGGCCGUGCCUCUGAAGGUGGUUCCUCUAAAGAUGUGA